AUGUUCCGCUUAGACGGUAAAAUCGCCCUAGUAAUCGGCCUCGGCCAAACCGGCCCUCAAGGCUGGGGCAUCGGCGCCGCCUCCGCCAUCACCCUCGCCCGCCAAGGCGCAACCAUCUUCGGCGGCAACCGCACCCUCCCAUCCACAGAGCGCACCAUCCGCGCCAUCCAAGACGCAGGACAAGAAUGCGACGUCCUCGAAAUGGACGCCACGUCCUCUUCAUCCGUGAAAUCUCUCGUGGACGCCUGUCUCGCCAAACACGGCCGUAUAGACAUUCUCGUCACGAAUGUCGGCCACUCGCAGCCCGGUACGGCCGCGGCCAUGGACGAAGAGACAUGGGAUGCGCAAUUGCAAGUUAAUCUCAAGAGCGUGUAUCUUGCGUGCCACCAUGUGCUGCCUGUAAUGGAGGCACAGCCCACGGGUGGUAGUGUCGUUUGUGUGUCGAGCAUCGCUGGUUUGCGAUACAUUGGCAAGGAUCAAAUUGCGUAUAAUACUGCCAAGGCGGCUAUUCUGCAGUUUGUGCGUGCGACGGCUGUUUCAUACGCAUCUCGUGGGGUGAGGAUUAAUGCGGUGGUGCCGGGGCUUAUGGAUACGCCUUACACGAGAAUUCUGGCAGAUCGGUUUGGUGUGGAGGGUGGUUAUGAGGCGUUCAGGGUGACGCGGGAGAAACAGGUGCCCAUGGGGAGGAUGGGGGAUGCUUGGGACGUGGCGAGUACGGUGGUGUUUCUUGCGUCUGAUGAGGCUGGUUAUGUGACGGGGCAGAAGAUUGUCGUUGAUGGAGGGAUUACAAGCUCAACCGGGAGGGCAUGA